AUAGGCAGAGUUUGCAAAAGCAGCAGCAGAAGCCAAGAAGCUGAAGACCCAACCAACAGAUCAAGAAAUGCUGGGUAUCUACAGCCAUUACAAGCAGGCCACAGUUGGAGAUGUACAUACAGACCGUCCUGGGAUGCUUGAUUUCAAAGGCAAGGCCAAAUGGGAUGCCUGGAAUUCCUUGAAAAGAAUGUCCAAAGAAGAUGCAAUGAAAGCAUAUAUUUAAAAAGUGGAAGAGCUGAAGGAAAAA